UUGCAAGGGAACGUCACUGUAUUACAUCAUUACAGUACAUGGCUGAUUUGUAUCUCUUUUGAAGUUGAUGAUGUGUAUUAGACCUCUGUUGUUGUUAGCAACGAUAAGUGAAAGAAAAUAACGAGCAAAUUAAAGUCCUCUCGAAGCGGACAUAUUGCCCAGUUUUGUUUCAGAGCCAGGCUCGGCUCGGCGUUUGGCAUGUCACCGGAGAAAGACGGAGGCUGCGCUUGAUGGCGGUGGCGGUGGCGUGGCGGCUUGUCAGCGGCCGUCUCCUCUGCGGCUGGGGACCGCUGCUCUGCCUGCUGCUGGGCUCCCUGCUGGCGCUGCUUUUGCCGUUGGCGGGGGUGGAGGAGCAAUGCUGCGCCUCGCUCAAGGGCCUGGCCCUCCUGCGCUGCCAGCUGUGGGGGAACGUCCUGCGCUCCGCGGUCCAGUCCACCAGUCUCUCCAUCCCCUACACGACCUUCGACCUUCUGCCCGUCCGACCCAAGGCCAGUGCCGAGUCGGAGUUUGAGGCCAAAGCCGCCCUGCAGCAGGCUAUGGAGAUGAAGAAGCAGGGGAAGAGGGAGAAGGCUCACAAGCUGCUGGUGCACGCGCUGAACAUGAACCCCGAGUACGUGGAGGCGCUGACGGAGCUGGGGACCAUCCUGGAGGAGCAGAAGGACGUCAUCCAGGCGGACCACCUCUACACCAAGGCCCUGGCUAUCUCCCCCUGCAACGAGAAGGCGCUGGUCAGCCGGGACCGCACGCUCCCCCUGGUGGAGGAGAUCGACCAGCGCCACUUCGGCAUCAUCGACAGCAAGGUGCGCCGGCUGAUGUCCAUCCCCAAGGGCAACUCGGCCCUGCGGCGGGUGAUGGAGGAGACCUACUACCACCACAUCUACCACACGGUGGCCAUCGAGGGCAACACGCUCACCCUGUCGGAGAUCCGGCACAUCAUCGAGACGCGCUACGCCGUGCCGGGCAAGAGCCUGCAGGAGCAGAGCGAGGUCAUCGGCGUGGACGCCGCCAUGAAGUACAUCAACACCACGCUGCUCGCCCGCGUGGGCUCCGUCGCCAUCGGCGACAUCCUGGAGAUCCACCGGCGCGUCCUGGGCUACACGGACCCCGUGGAGGGCGGCCGGCUGCGCACCAGCCAGGUGUUCGUGGGCCACCACAUCCCGCCCCACCCGCGGGACCUGGAGCACCACAUGCAGGAGCUGGUGCAGUGGCUGAAUUCGGAGGAGGCGCUCAACCUCCACCCGGUGGAGUUCGCCGCCCUGGCCCACUACAAGCUGGUGUACGUGCACCCCUUCGUGGACGGCAACGGCAGGACGUCCCGGCUGCUGAUGAACCUGAUUUUGAUGAAGGCGCGCUACCCGCCCAUCACCAUCCGCAAGGAGCAGCGGGCGGAGUACUACGCCGCCCUGGACACGGCCAACGAGGGCGACGUGCGCCCCUUCAUCCGCUUCAUCGCCAAGUGCACCGAGAUGACGCUGGACACGCUGCUCAUCGCCACCACGGAGCACGCGGUGGGCCUGCCCGGGGCCAGCCACCAGCCCUGCCCCGACUGCCAGCAGACCAUCCCCAUCCACAACUGAGGCUCCGAGCCUCCACCUGCCUCAGUUAAAGAACUUCCCCAUCCACAACUGAGGUUGUGAGCCUCCACCUGCCUCAGUUAAAGAACUUCCCCAUCCACAACUGAGGCUGUGAACCUCCACCUGCCUCAGAUAAAGAACUUCCCCAUCCACAACUGAGGCUGUGAGCCUCCACCUGCCUCAGUUAAAGAACUUCCCCAUCCACAACUGAGGCUCUGAACCGCAUCUGCCUCAGAUAAAGAACUUCCCCAUCCACAACUGAGGCUCCAGUCCGCCUCCAUCUGCCUCAAAUAAAGAACUUGUUUUGAAAUACUGCCGGUUUCGCAUACAUCCAGAACACAUUUUCAGAGGGUUGUACAUUCUGACCGGUAAACAUGUUUUCAAUGAAAAUUUUCUACGAUUCUGCUGAACUCCAGAGUAUUUUGAAAUACUAGCAGUAUUUAAAGAGUUGACAAUGUUUUCCCAAGUGUGGUACAAACGCACAUGCACAGGUACAGAUUUGCACCUCUUUGGAUUUGAUCUGCCAUAUCGCUGCACUGGAGUGAACGUGGCAUUGUGUGAAAAUUUCAGUUUUCUACCGGUCAUGUUCGGAUGUGUUGGGCAAUUGGGAGAUAUUUCACAGAUAGGCUUCCGGAACAGGGACCCAUGAACAUCUGAUCAACUGAUUUGGAGGGUUAGCUUAACUCUGCCUGUCUUUGCCUGCUGUGGUUUUUUACAUAAGAGAUAAAGUCGUACAUUGGGGGUGCCCAAUCCUGUUCCUGGAAAUCUACUGUCCUGUAGGUUUUCACUCCAACCCUAACAGAGCUCACCUUAUUCAACAGCUAGAGAUCUACAGUCCUGCAGCUUUUCACUCCAACCCUAACAGAAAACACCUCAUUCAACAGCUAGAGAUCUACAGUCCUGCAGCUUUUCACUCCAACCCUAACAGAACACACCUCAUUCAACAGCUAGAGAUCUCGUCAAGCUUCUAAUUUGUAGAAUCAGGUUUGCCAAAUUAGGGUUGAAAUUAAAACCUUCAGGACGGUUGAUAUCCGGGAACAGGGUUGGGCAGCCCUGUCGUACAGGAUGGUAGAUCUCCAGGAACAGGGUUGGGCAGCCCUGACCAACAGGAUGGUAGAUCUCCAGGAACAGGACUGGGCAGCCCUGUCGUACAUAAAAGGGAGCGUGAGAGUGAAGACAUUUUGUUCUGCAUGAUUAUGAAACGUCUGAAAUUAAUUGAGGUUGUUCUCACGAGUUCUUGGAGUGUUCCACAUAUAGCUUCAAAUCAAAUCUCGAAGGAUCAAGCAACUGUAAUUUUUUUUUUCUAAAAGGUCAUUCUCUUAUUAAAACUGGACUUACUGAAGCUGGGGAAAAAAUCUGGAAAAAAAGGGAGUCACCUUAUGAAGGGUCUCAAGCUAUCUCUGAAUGGUGCUAUCCCCUCCAUGUCAUAGAUUUUACACAAUUAUGACAAAAUGUAUCACAAUCGACUCACAAAGUGGUUAUAAAUAACUGGACAAGAAAGGCACACAAUGUUCAGCCUUUCAUACAAGGGAGACAGUUUGCCUUAAGUUUAAAUUCAGGUCAUUCCAUCAAACAUCUGAUUAUUGCCAUUUACUAAUUACAAAGAGUAACACAUUAUGACUGCUUACAUUAUUUUGCGUGAAUAUGGGAGUUCACCACCAGGUCUUCUAAGGGUACCUUGGUGUGAUAUGGAUGAAUUUUUUUUUUUUUGACUGGUCCAUUGAUAUUCAGAGGCUUCCACACAAGCUUUUAUUUUCUCGUGUUGUGCCUCCCUCAUUUGUUUAAGAUCUGCGAUCUCACUGACAUGCACUUUCAUGUAUAUUUAAAAAGUAAGGGGGGAGAAGGGGGGGGGGGUCAGCUUAUUUAUUUUAGUACAAAAUAAAACUAUUUUAUUACCAUGUA